GGCAUUUUAAGCCAUAUUCAUUUUAACGGUUUAGUUCUCCUUUAAAGUACUGACACAGGUACAUGUAAGGUCCAGACUUGGCACUUACAAGCACCUGUGUGAGAAUAACUAAUUUAAAAUAGGUUUCAUUCCUGCAGUGAAUCACAUUUGAACUGACUGCAGGGGAACACAGGGCAAAAUCGCACCUCUUUAGGACAGAUAAAGGAAGCACUUGCACCCCUAGCAUUGUUAGUUGUGCUCUGCACCUUGUGUCAGAUUUAAAAUCCAGUUCAAGGUGCACAACUCAGUUCCCAUGAGUGCAUAACUGCACUGUACUUAAUGCCUGUAAGCAUUUCCUGCAAUACAGCAUUCCCUUGCUUCAUGAAUCAUGUAGUUCUCCUGUGUUGCUUGUCCUAAAAGACAAAGUAGGGGGUGUGCCAGGGGACACAACAACCCGCCCAUUCUUCCGCACAAAAAUAUGUGCAGUUAAACUCUAUAUUUUAACUUUGAGUUAACUACGUAGGAAAGAGUCUGUAUCGGGUUUUACACCAGCAGCUUCAAGUUUAGGGAAGUAACAGCUCUUUAUUCUUCAGAGGUCACUUUCUCUUUCAUUUAAAAACAGUUUUCAGUGAGUAAACGCUUGUUAAAGGUUAAAAUGAACCUUUUCUUAAGGGGUACAGGAAAAGAUCUCUGGAUAUUUGUCUUUGGCUUUUGCUGGGUCUCAUGUUUUUCUUUAAAUGGCUGCAUAGAGGAGAUCCAGAGUGUGUCUUUUAGUUGUAUUGACAGCAAUCACUCUAUAAUACCAAUAGAUUUGCCUAAAAGCAUCCGAAGUUUAGACCUCAGCUUCAACCCCCUUAGACAUAUUCAUUCCAACUAUUUCUCCAACUUUUCCAAUCUAGAGUACCUUGAUCUCACCAGGUGCAGUAUAACUGUUAUUGAGGAUCUAGCAUUUUCAGGCCUUGAAAUAUUGCACACUUUGGUUUUUACCGGUAACCCAAUACGCCAUUGGGAUCCACAGUCAUUUUUUGGUCUCUUCUCCCUAUGUAAACUUGUCGUGGUAGAAACAUCACUCAGCAGGCUCUCAGAACUUCCCUUGAGAAAUGUAACUUCCCUCCGUGAAAUCUAUGCUGCUCAUAACAAAUUAAAAUCUCUGCAUCUCACGACAUCUUUGGUUAACCUUCAAACUCUUGACCUCCGUGAUAAUCAGAUUACGGAGAUAAAAGAUAAUGACCUGGAUCUAUUCAGAGGGGUCAGUAAAACCAAUCUUUCCCUCAUCUUGUCUCGUAAUCCCAUCAGUUAUUUUUCUCCAAAAGCUUUCCUGGAUAUCAACCUGCACAAGUUACAAAUUCAAGGUUGUUUUUCAAUUGCAGAAUCACUCAGGUCUAAUUUAAAAGCACUUGCUGGUAGCAAGAUUGAAAAACUUGAGAUUGGAGAUUACAGAGCGUCAUCAGAAAAGAUCAACUAUCAGGAGGGUCUAUUGGAAGGGCUUUGUAAAGUGGAUAUCCAAGAGCUGUCAAUAAAUGGCAUGAAUUUCUCAAUCACAGAUCGACCACCUGAUUGUAUAAAGAACUUGACAUCUCUUCGUGUAGUAAACAAUAAUUUGAAGUUAGACAACAUCAUUCCUAGCCACCAGAAUUUUGAUAGACUUCAACGCCUACAUAUAAAAAAUUGUGAACUCACCAAUAUGCCCUUAUUAUUUCUAUCGAAAUGCCCAUCACUAUUAGAGCUUCACAUAACAGGCAUUCCAAAGCUAUCCAAUUUUAAUGGGAGACUUAAAGGUUUAAAGGAGGUAAAAGUGUUGGAUCUGAGUAACAACAAGCUGAAUAUGAAUGAUUGCUGCUCUCAGUUUGUUGCUGAUACCUCAGAAUCUAAAAUCCAACAUCUAAAUUUGAGUUAUAAUUCAUUUAUAGGUUUUGAUGGUGCCUUCAUUAAUAUGCCACAUCUUCAGUCUUUAGAUGUAAGUCAUUCUAGAAUAAAAACAGUUGGAAAAUUUCCACUAUUUAUGUAUCUAGCAGACCUAAGAUUUCUGGAUUUGUCUUACACUUACUGCAACUUCCUCAUUGAUUGUUCCUUCUGUGGAUUAUACGGGUUGGAGGAACUCAGAGUAUCUCGUACAAUAUUUGCUAGUGACAUUUUGAGUGUGGUUUUCCAGAACCUGAAGCAGCUUCGAUCUCUUGAUUUAUCUGCAUGUAACCUGGAAUUUAUUCCUGAAGGGACUUUUUCGUCUCUUAAAGUUUUGAAUGUACUAAAUCUAAGCAAGAACAAGCUCCUGGAUCUCCGACAAUCUCAUCUCAUUCAACUUGCAAACCUUAUCAGUCUUGACCUUAGUUUUAACCAAUUGAAGGAUAUAUCUGACAACAGUAUACAAUCAUUACCUAGUAGUUUGGCAAAAAUUGAUCUUUCAGGAAACCCUUUUGACUGUUCUUGUUGGCAAAUUACAUUUUUGUUGUGGGUCAAACAACAAAAAGACAAGACACUGAAACCAAGUAAUCAAAUGUUUUGUAAAACUCCACAAACCUUAAAUGGAUUGCCACUGACAGAUUUGACUCUCAAUUGUAGUAUGACACUGUUGAUAUCAGGAGUUUUGCUGGGCAUCCUUUGUCCUAGUUUAAUUGGCAUUUUAGUAUUUUGUUACCUUACCACUACCCCUACUGGCAAACUCUUCUGUAAUCGCUGCAAAAGGAAACAUGAUCAUAACUGUGUAUAUGAUGCAUUUGUUAUGUUUUCCAAUGCGGAUGAAGAAUGGGUGAAACAGCAACUUGUUCCCAAAUUAGAAAAUGAAGAUGAAUUUAUACUUUGUUUACAUUACAGAGACUUUGUGCCUGGAGUUUCUAUAAUUAACAACAUAAGUAAUAGUAUUUUAAAUAGCCACAAGGUAAUUGUUGUCCUUUCUCAGAAUUUUUUGGAAAGCAAGUGGUGCAGCUAUGAAUUUGAAAUGGCCAAGGCCUGGCAAUAUUUGGAGGGUUCAUCUGAGAUUAUAGUUAUUCUUCUGGAGUCAGUAAAUGAGGUUCAUCUGAAAAAGGUUCUAGGACUCCAUAAAUACCUGGCAAAAACCACUUACUUAGAGAGGAAUAAUGAAUUUUUCUUUUGGAUGAGGCUACAAAAUGCUCUCAAGAAUGGACAAUGUAGUACUAGACUACAAAAUCGUCAUAAAGAAAUGCCAGAAAAUAUUUUAUAAUUCUAUAUCAACUUUACAUAUUUGAAACGGCAUAGGUUUACAUAUGAUAACAGCGGUUGGCUGAAGCUCAUUAAUAUAAACUCUUAAAACCAUUUUUUUUAUAUUAUAUACAGUACAUAAGCACACAUAUACAUUACACACAAACUUUAAAGAAAAUAAACAACUGUUAAGUCAGUUAUUUGAAAUAUGGUCAGGGUAAUCUGUAACAAGAACCUUUGCUUACCAGUUGCUAGGAUUCGGCAUGUGGCUCAGCAAAAGAACAGAUUAUUAGGAGUGGAUUGAGAAGAACCAGUGGUUGUGAUACCCAUGAUAAAAAAUAUAUUUUUGAAACUAGGUGAAAUAUCAAAGGUGAAGACUUCCUGAGUACUUUUCUUCAGUGCACUGCUGCAAUGAGGCUAAUUGAAAAACUUGCCUCAGGUGACAAAUAGCAGCUCCUGGAAACUUUAAGAGACAAAUUUCUGUUUUUUAAACUGGAAAUUCAGCUUUUCUUCUGCAAGAGAGCGCAAUUGUGCUCUCUGUAAUAGCAAUGCAGCCCCCCUGGACCCCCUUUGCACAGGAAAAGAAAUAGCUGGAUUGUGAUGGGGAGGCGGCCCCUGAGUAGCUGCUGUUUCUCUCAGAAAUAUUACCCAUGUCAAGUGCUAUGAUAUGGAGGUGGCUAGAUCCUAGGGAAAUGAAUAACGAGGUUUGGAGGGUAUGGAGGAGGGUUUUCAGUUUUUUUUAGAGAACUAGGCUGAUUAUCUGUUGGCUACAUGCUAUGUGUAAAGGCUGGGCUGUACUAGAGAGGAUCACUAGAAAUCAGGGAAGGAAUAGUGAAGAACUUUGUGAAAGGUUAGAUUAUAAUCUGGGCAUAAUUAAGCAAAAUAAGAGGUGAAGAAGUGGGUGGGAAUUUCAUAUAUGGCAGGGAGGACCAGAAUACAUAUACUGCUGAUAUACGAAACAUAAAAACUGGUACCUCUAUUAAAUGUAUAUUUACUAAUGCUAGUAGCUUCUGAAACAAACAAAAACUAUUAGGUGCACCAGUUUAAGUCUACAACACCCUGCAAUAAUAUUUUUUUUUAAAUA